AUGUAUCUCUCCUUGACCAACAUUAUCAAAACAUUGUUCACCGGCGGCUAUGCCGACAAGAAAUCCAGAUCCCAAGCAUCAUCUGCACCUGCAAAUGACGACCACAGCUACCAAAAGGGGGACAUUGAACAUCGCAGUCCGUGUCCAGGGUUGAACGCCCUCGCCAACCAAGGAUACCUCCCCCGCGACGGCAAAAACAUCACGCUCGCCCAGGUCCAACACGCUCUCCAAACGGCGCUCCACAUGGACUGGCUCGCGGCCGCGUCGCUGGUGUCGUCGCUCCCGCCUCUCCUGCGGCCCGACGGGACCUUCGACCUCGUCGACACGCGGCGGCAUAACGUCAUCGAGCACGACUCGUCCUUCACCCGCCUCGACUUCCACCAGGGCGACAACUACACGCUCCGGCCCGAGAUGUUGCAGGCCAUGAUCGACGACGCCGGCGGGGGCGGCAAACCCGUGACGCUACGCUCGCUCGCCCGCACUUUCAAGCGCCGCGACAAGGAGAGCCGCGCCGCCGGAGCGCCCCGGCUGCCGCUGAACCUGUGGUUCGUGAGGGUCCUCCAGGCCGUGGGGGUGAUGAACACGGCGCAGACCGGUGGCAUCCUGACUCCUGAGCUCCUUCAUGCCGUCUUCGUCGAGGAGAGGUUUCCCGACAUUAUCCUCGAGAACCCCACGCCACGGACCGUCUUUACCUUGCUGGGCAAUGCCUUGGGCAUGAUGAAGUAUGUGGUGUUUGGAUCAUGA